AUGGCCACUCCGAGGCUACCGUUUCUGUAUCCAAGCCUGUUGCGGUCGGUCAGAUCAUGCAGACCACGCACAUCCCGAUCGCUCCGGAGCUGGCAGCUUCAGAAAAGCCUUCAUACCACACGACCGCGCGCGCAACAGACAUAUCAACGACGCUACGGACCUGCCGUCGAGCCUAACUUACCUCCCCCGUCACGCCCUCAAGACGGCCAAUCCACUCAGGAUGUGAAGGAGAAAGUUUCUUCCACCGAUAAAGAAAAGACCUCGUCGGCUGAAAUCGAUGCUUCUACGCAUGAAGAUCCUCAAUCUCAGCCACAAUCGGAGCCGCAGUCAUCUGAGAAGGACGUGCAACGAGACGCGGCCGAUGCCGCAUCUUCCACUGCGCCAGAGCAAGCAGCAGUUGAAGCAACAAAAUACCACGCUACCUUGGAGCCCCCUCGCGACGAGGGAGAAGCAGCAGAGGAAGAAUCCGCCAACGAGACCGAGGCCUCAAAUACCACAAGCUCACAGUCAUCGAUGUCUGCGUCUGGUGACGUGGGGGAGGAAAUGUCGCAAAUGCCGCCGUACAUGAACCGCAGUGCUUUCGAAGAUGUAUAUCACAUGCCUUCGCCGGGUUCCGGUCUGACCACAACAGAAACACCAGCGCCACAUAAACCUCCACACAUGAGUCCGGCUCCCUACGUCCACCACUUCGAUACCUACUCUCUCGUCCUGGACCUUUCCAGAGGAGGGUACACAAGUGAGCAGUCCAUUACAAUCAUGAAAGCCGUGCGGGCUAUUCUUCAAAAGAACCUCGACUUUGCCAAGCAGAGCUUAACGUCCAAGUCAGACGUGGAAAAUGAAGAAUACCUAUUCAAAGCAGCCUGCUCAGAGCUUCAGCAGUCCUUGCAAACGGCGAGAAACUCCGAAGUACAGAGGCAACGUGCAUCUCGAACACAAUUGGAACAUGAGACCGACAUCUUAUCUCAGCGUCUCAAUCAAGAGCUGGCCGGCAUGAAGGAUGAGAUCAAGGGCAUGUUCAACGAUCAUAAGAUGGCCACACGGGAAAAUCAACGUGUGAUUGAUACUAUGGUUCAGGAGUCAAAUUAUAAGAUCACAGUUUCACUCAACAGCGACGGCAAAAGUGAGAUCGAGGGGUUGCGUUGGGUCUUGACCCGGCGCGCCGCUCUGACAGUCGCCAUUUGUGCCUUCAUGAUCAUUGUCUUCCUCAAAUACGCCUCCGUCCGCCGGGUUAAAGAGCCGAAACAGACCAGCGAGGCCGAAAAGCCUGUCAAAACGGAGAUUAUCAAGGAGACUCGGGUCACACAUGAAACUAGCCCACCAAUUGAGACCUCUCCUGUAGUCGAAGCUCAUCUGGCAGAGACGCUGGGUUGA